AUGGGGUGUUUGAUCCUUCCUCCAAAAUACCUUCAACAUGUCCAAUCUGAGACUCAACAAACCUCAUGUGUUCUGUCUUUUAUUUAGCAGGUUUCGACCGCAGAAGUACGAAUUGGGCCCAUGAGACUGACACAAGAUCCUAUUCAGGUUUUGCUGAUUUUUGCAAAGGAAGACAGUCAAAGUGAUGGAUUCUGGUGGGCCUGUGAUAGAGCUGGCUACAGAUGUAAUAUUGCUCGAACUCCAGAAUCUGCCCUUGAGUGCUUUUUAGAUAAGCACCAUGAAAUCAUUGUAAUCGACCACAGACAAGACCAACACUUUGAUGCAGAAGCUGUCUGCAGAUCAAUCCGAGCUACGAAUCCAUCAGAACACACGGUUAUACUUGCAGUUGUUUCACAUAUAUCGGGUGAACGUGAAGAAACAUCAGUCCUUCCUCUUCUCCAUGCAGGCUUCAAUAGGAGAUUUAUGGAGAAUAGCAGUAUCACUGCUUGUUACAAUGAACUGAUUCAAAUAGAACACGGGGAAGUUCGAUCACAGUUCAAAUUACGGGCAUGUAACUCAAUUUUUACGGCACUUGACCACUGUCAUGAAGCCAUAGAAAUAACCAGCGAUGAUCAUGUCAUUCAGUAUGUCAACCCCGCCUUCGAAAGAAUGAUGGGCUAUCACAAGGGAGAGCUCAUAGGUAAAGAACUCACUGAAUUGCCCAAAAGUGACCAAAACCGUGCAGAUCUCCUGGACACCAUCAACACAUGCAUCAAGAAGGGAAAGGAAUGGCAAGGGGUUUACUAUGCCAGAAGGAAAUCAGGAGACAGUGUUCAACAGCAUGUGAAGAUCACACCAGUGAUUGGCCAAGGAGGGAAAAUUAGACAUUUUGUGUCUCUCAAGAAACUGUGUUGUACUGCUGACAGCAAUAAACAGAUACACAAGAUUCAUCGUGAUUCAGGAGACAAGUCUCAGACAGAGUCUCACUCAUUUAGAUACAAGAACAGGAGGAAAGAAUCUAUUGAUGUUAAAUCAAUCACAUCUCGAAGUAGUGAUGCACCAAGUCUUCAGAAUCGUCGUUAUCCAUCUAUGGCAAGGAUUCACUCCAUGACCAUUGAAGCUCCAAUCACAAAGGUCAUUAACAUAAUCAAUGCUGCCCAGGAGAAUAGCCCAGUAACUGUAGCAGAAGCCUUGGACCGAGUUUUGGAAAUUCUACGAACCACAGAACUCUACUCUCCUCAGCUGGGCACUAAAGACGAAGAUCCCCACACUAGUGAUCUAGUUGGAGGGCUGAUGACUGAUGGCUUGAGAAGGUUGUCAGGGAAUGAGUACGUGUUUUCUAAGAAUAUGCACCACAGUCACAGUCAUCUUUCACUGCCAAUCACUAUCAAUGACGUUCCACCCUGUAUUGCACAAUUACUUGAUAAUGAGGAAAGCUGGGACUUCAACAUCUUUGAAUUAGAAGCUGUCACACAUAAAAGACCGUUGGUUUACCUGGGGUUAAAAGUCUUUGCCCGCUUUGGGGUCUGUGAGUUUUUGAACUGUUCAGAAGCCACUCUUCGGGCCUGGCUCCAGGUGAUUGAAGCCAACUACCACUCAUCCAAUUCGUACCACAACUCCACCCAUGCUGCAGACGUCCUGCACGCUACGGCAUUUUUCCUUGGAAAAGAAAGAGUGAAGGGAAGCCUGGAUCACCUGGAUGAAGUGGCUGCAUUGAUAGCGGCCACAGUCCAUGACGUGGAUCACCCCGGACGGACCAACUCUUUCCUGUGCAACGCGGGCAGUGAGCUGGCCGUGCUCUACAAUGACACAGCUGUCCUGGAGAGCCACCACACUGCCCUGGCUUUCCAGCUCACAGCCAAGGACAACAAAUGCAACAUUUUCAAGAACAUUGACAGGACCCAUUAUCGAACACUGCGCCAGGCAAUCAUUGACAUGGUUUUGGCAACAGAGAUGACAAAGCACUUUGAGCAUGUGAACAAGUUUGUGAACAGCAUCAACAAACCCAUGGCUGCUGAGGAAACCAAUUCCCAUGGUGAAGGCGGUGACUGUGACUGUAACCCUGUUGGGAAGAACUUCCCUGAAAACCAAAUCCUCAUCAAACGCAUGAUGAUCAAGUGUGCAGAUGUGGCCAACCCAUGCCGCCCCCUGGAGAUGUGCAUUGAAUGGGCUGGAAGGAUCUCAGAAGAGUAUUUUGCACAGACGGAUGAAGAGAAGAGACAAGGGCUACCAGUGGUGAUGCCGGUAUUUGAUCGAAAUACCUGCAGCAUCCCAAAGUCCCAGAUUUCCUUCAUUGACUAUUUCAUAACAGAUAUGUUUGAUGCUUGGGAUGCAUUUGCACAUCUUCCAGCUCUGAUGCAACAUUUGGCUGAUAACUACAAACACUGGAAAAUGCUGGAUGAGUUAAAAUGCAAGAGCCUGAGGCUUCCAUCUGACAGCUAAAAAGAAAAGGCCACAAAAUGAGACGUCUUAAUCUACAAGCUACACUGUGAAUCAUUUAGUGAUGGAGAAGAGAGGGAUGUGUGUAUUUCCCUUUAAAGUGAGGCUAACAGCUGUAGAUUAAGGAGCUAAUAGUUGACACUCCCUCUUAAAUUGCCCAAAUUUCCCAGUAUUUCAUUCCUGGAAAGUUAUGUAUCCAACACAGAUGAAUAAAUGUUCUAUUGAACAUUUGAGGGAGGGCAGAUACUUUGCAAGGUCAUUUCCACUGUUGUUGGUUACCCCGUGUGCCUGUGCCCUUGUCAGACCUUAUAACAAGGAAACCAAUGGCUAUUUUAUGUGUUCUGUUCACCUGGAUGACGAACAUAUAUUUGGGUUAGUGAACCCUCCCAUUCUUGUCCUCAAAAAAAGAGCAAAUGCCAUCAUAUACUUGAUUAUUCUUUUGAGUAUUAAUGUCAAUAAAGAUUCCUCAUGAAAAGCUUCCCUAGCGGAUGGCCGCUUCUAAGAAGACCCAGCAUGAAAUAAACCAAAGGGCUGGGUCUGAUUGCCUAGGGAGAACCCUGUUGGUUUGAUAGUCUACUUGCCAAACUGUGGUUCCCCUGGCCAGAAUAAACACGGGCUAACCCAAAAGAGUACUGGCCUAAUGAUAGCUCUAUCCAAUGGUACCAGGAACUCAUAUGGUUCUCUUUCCUAUAAAAGGGAUUCUAAUAAAAGCCAUCCAUGAUCGGGGGAGGGAGAGGAUGUCUUGCUUUGCGGGAUUUAUAAACUUCAUAUAUUUGCACCUUAUGGAGGCGGCAAUGAAACACAACACUGCACGUAUUAUACAAAAGCCAUUAAAUCUAAAUAUCUGUUCAAGAACUUCUUUUUAAAAAAACAAAGUUUGUAUACAGUUGCUGUUUAAAGAUUUUAUUAAAUUGAUCUACAUUUUCUGGGUCCAAGUCCGUGCAGUGUGCUAUGCCGUAUGCUAUAUGUAACUUUUCUUUUUGCCCACCUACUUGCCUAUUGGACAGCGCUCUUUUGCUUUUAUGAUGUAAAAAAAAACAAAUGUUACACGAUAUGUAAAUAUGUUAGAAACCAAGCAUAUUGCAGGGUGUCAUUACACUUUUAAAAUAUGAAUUGUAUGCUAAGAAGCUUCUAAAGCACAAAUGCAUAUUUUUAUACAUUUCGUUUCUCACAACUUUCUGUGCUUAACAUAAAUUCAGAUUUUGGACUCCUCUUUCCCUUUCCCAAUCAACUCUUCUACGUGUAUAUAAAUACUAGCAACCCAGCAAAUGUGUAUUUGGUUUUUUUCUUUCAAAGGCUGCUCACUCCAUGCUGCAUUUCUGCGAGAUCUAAGCAGUAACUGAAUGUGACUGGUGAGGGAGCUGCUUUUUCAAACUAUAAAAUUUGCAAAUGCAAAAGGGCCUGGGGCUGGCUCAGAUUUUGUAUGGCAAAGGGCACUGUGGUCAGUAAAAGAAAAAGGGCUUGUUUUGGUAGUCAAGGAAAAAAAAAGACAAUGAGUGUCGUUUUGCUGAGAACUACAUACUGUGCCAAUGUUUUUCUAUGUUUUGUACUAACAAAUGAAGCAUUCAUGAAAUUUCCAUGCAGAGAAAUGCACCUAAGCUCUAUUUUUGUUAAAACUGUAAUAGCAUCUUUGUGGAAGCAGCAGCUACCGCCUUCCGUUCGGUAUCAUAAGGCUGCAUUGUGUAUAUUUGAUGAAGAUGUUUUUUUGUGAAGUAUUUGUAAUGGCUUUUCCUACAGCUGAGCCCCAUUUCCCUGUGGUUGUCUUAAUUUGAUCUGUUUGGCCUAAAUUUUUCCUAGUAUCAAGACUUUGGUGUUAGUGUGUUUUUUUAUUUGACAGGGAUGGCAUUUUGAAGACCUGGUCCAAAUUCGUUCCAAAGACAGAGUUCCAUUUUCAGGAACUAGUUAUGACAAGGUAGGAUAGAAUUCAGCGGCUUAUACAAGGCGAGAACAAUCUUUUUCAACCAUCUCACUCUCAGGAUCAUUUAUCAGGAGACUGACAUUUUCUAUAUGAAACAUUUCAUUUAACUCAGUGUUAUGUCAAAUUGAUUUCAUAUCAACUACAAAAUUAAUGUGGGAAUGUUAAAUGCUUUAAGACAGGCAGGUAAUAAAGCUCAAACGUGGAUUUGCUCGUUAUCUACCAGUAUAAUCAGCACACUUCUGAUGAGCGGCUAAGCUCUGAGCUCAGUGUUCUAUGGAGCAGAUUUAACCAAAGCAUGGGAUUCUGUAGCAUGUGUAUGUCAAAUAGGAUUGUAAGAUCGAGGCCCUUAUAGUCUAUUAAAAAAGAAAAAAAGUGAGUAACUCACUGCCCCCUUG